AGAUGAGACUUUUCUGGAACCAGCUCAACUCUUUAACUGAAGUACAGUCUACUUUGCUGAACUGUAACUUCAGUGCACUGAACUUCAUACAUGUACCACAGUUCAAAAUUCAUUUCCUCACACCAAUGGCCAGGUGUGCAUCCCUGAACAAAACAUACAGCCUGUUGGAUUCUGUGCUCUUGUUUUUUGAAUGGAGAAUCAGACGUUAGUCUUUGUCUAUCAAGUACUACAUAAAUAAUAAAUAGUAAUGUUAAUUGUAGGCUGCUUUUUUCUCACAUCGUAGGUACCCAAGAUACAUCUGAUUUAAUGUCACCUAGCAAACGUAGCUCUCAGAAGUAUGUCAUAGAAGGACUGACUGAAAAAUCAUCCCAGAUUGUGGACCCUUGGGAGAGGUUGUUUAAGAUUUUAAAUGUUGUUGGAAUGAGAUGUGAAUGGCAGAUGGAUAAAGGAAGACGAAGCUAUGGUGAUAUUUUGCAUAGAAUGAAGGAUCUCUGCAGAUACAUGAACAACUUUGAUAAUGAAACUCAUGCAAAAUAUAAAAACCAAGUAGUUUAUUCCACUAUGUUGGUCUUCUUUAAGAAUGCAUUCCAGUAUGUCAACAGCAUACAGCCAUCUCUGUUCCAAGGUCCUAAUGCCCAGAGCCAAAUUCCACUUGUUCUUCUUGAGGAUGUGUCAAAUGUGUAUGGUGAUAUAGAAAUCGAUCGUAAUAAACACAUACAUAAAAAGAGGAAACUGGCUGAGGGAAGAGAGAAAACCAUGAGUUCAGACGACGAAGACUGUUCUGCAAAAGGAAGGAAUCGUCACAUUGUAGUCAAUAAAGCAGAGCUUACUAACUCAAUUGAAGUGUUAGAAAGCUUUAAAUUGGCCAGGGAGAGCUGGGAGUUGCUCUAUUCCCUAGAAUUCCUUGACAAGGAAUUUACAAGAAUUUGUUUGGCAUGGAAGACAGAUACUUGGCUUUGGUUAAGAAUCUUCCUCACUGAUAUGAUCAUCUAUCAGGGUCAGUAUAAAAAGGCCAUCGCCAGCCUGCAUCAUUUAGCAGCUCUCCAAGGAUCACUCCCUCAGCCACAGAUCACUGGACAGGGGACCCUGGAGCACCAGAGAGCACUUAUCCAGCUAGCAACUUGCCACUUUGCUCUUGGGGAGUACAGGAUGAUGUGUGAAAAAGUCCUUGAUCUGAUGUGCUACAUGGUACUCCCCAUUCAAGAUGGAGGCAAAUCACAGGAAGAACCAUCAAAAGUAAAGCCCAAAUUUAGGAAAGGUUCGGAUCUGAAGCUUCUGCCUUGUACCAGUAAGGCUAUUAUGCCAUAUUGCCUGCAUUUAAUGCUGGCCUGUUUUAAGCUUAGAGCUUUCACGGACAACAGGGAUGACAUGGCAUUGGGUCAUGUGAUCGUAUUACUUCAGCACGAGUGGCCACGGGGAGAGAAUCUUUUCUUGAAAGCUGUCAAUAAGAUUUGCCAACAAGGAAAUUUCCAAUACGAGAAUUUUUUUAAUUAUGUUACAAAUAUUGACAUGCUGGAGGAGUUUGCCUACUUAAGAACUCAGGAAGGUGGGAAAAUUCAUCUGGAAUUACUCCCCAAUCAAGGAAUGCUGAUCAAGCCUUCUAGCCCUCCCAUGGGGUUACUGCAGCAGGAAUUCUUACCUGUGCUUCAGCCCAGCAUACAGACUGCUGACAGGCACCACACGGUCACUCGGGGCAUCACCAAAGGCGUGAAGGAGGACUUCCGCCUGGCCAUGGAGCGCCAGGUUUCCCGCUGCGGUGAGAACUUGAUGGUGGUCCUGCACAGGUUCUGCAUUAAUGAGAAGAUCUUGCUACUUCAGACUCUAACUUGACCGAAGACCUUUCUGCCAGAGAGUUUGUAGCUGUGUAAUUUCUUUGGAAGUCAUAAAGCAGUGGUCAGCGUUUCUUGAACAACUCUUAAAAACCAGAAAACCAUCUGAGUUCUAACUCAUUGGUUGCUUACAAGUAGUUCCCAAGAGUCUGAGAAGGUAUUUCUAUUUUUAAGAGCCAUUUUUUAAAAUAAUUUUUGUAAAACAUAUCCUGCUUUGUAAAUAAAAAUCAUCUUAAAAUUCAAGACUUUAAACAACUAUU